AUGGACCCGUUAAGCGCGUUUGCGCUUGCCGGAACGGUCUAUACUUUUAUUGAUGCUGGAAUCACUGCCACCAAGUUCGCGAAGGAGCUCAGUGGGUUCUGGAAGAGUUCUCGCGAUACCGUCAAGAGCUUGGAGCAUUUAACUAUUACGACACAAAAUCUGGAGGAGUUGUCCAGUAAAUUGCGCCAUGCGAACGGACCACGAUAUAUGAUGUCAAUUGCCACGGAAUGUACGACGUCUUGUCAAGAGCUCCUCGAUUUGCUGGACAAAUUGAAGGUAAAAGACAAGGGGUCGAAGACUGAGCAUCUCUUGGCGAUGCUCUCAGCCUAUCGGAAAAAGGACGAAAUUUCUUUGAUCGAGGAUAAGUUGGGAAAGUUACGUGCGCAAAUGACCUUGGAUCUCUUGCGUGCACUAAACGAUGGACAGUCCGAUAUCAAAGGGAAAUUGGACGAAAUACAGAAUGACAUCGUAAAGCUUUCUGAAACACGACACGGCAGCUUCCGAGCGCGACGAGCCGGGCUACUUGAUCUGUUACAAGCAUACAAACAGAAUCAGGAUCAGGAUCAUUCUGCCAUCAUCAACGAGCUUCGGAACUUUGGGUCUGAGGUUUACCAUGAAAGAGUAUUCAACUCGAUUCUAAAGACCUUACGUUUCGAUAGCAUGUAUCUUCGGGAAGACAACACUUCUGAGGCAGGCGAAGGCACCUUCCGAUGGCUCUUUGACAAACAGGAACGAUUUAAGGCGACAAAUCCUCGUAGCAACAACAUGCCGCCACAGAAAUUUCAGGAAACUCGCGACGCAUUUAUGAUGUGGCUAGAGUCAGGUGAAGGAGUGUUCCAUAUUUGCGGGAAGGCUGGCUCGGGGAAGUCGACACUUAUGAAACUGAUAUGCAACGACAAACAAACGCGAAAUGCUCUCAAUGCCUGGGCAGAAGGUGAUACUUUGCUCUGGGCCAACUUCUUCUUUUUUGCUCCUGGCGAAAAGGAGGUAAAGUCCUUGGAAGGGCUUUAUCGGUUCGUCCUCUUCACGAUCCUGAAUGAGCACCGCCACUUGAUUAGGAAAAUUUAUCCUGAUGAGUUUCCUGAAGAGUUCAAGGAGUUUCGCCAUGAUCGUCAGUUAGCAUAUGAACUUGCUGAUCUGGUCAGACCUCCAAAACUUAGGGAAGCGUUCCAAUCACUGAUAGACGUGACUGUGGCGGAUAAACAUAAGAUGUGCAUCUUCAUCGACGGACUAGACGAGUAUGAAGGUAGCUACACAGACUACUGGCAGCUUGCGGACAACCUACGCAAUUGGGCUCAUCAGAGCUGCGCCCGAGUUAAGUUUUGUGUAAGUUCCAGACCUGAGGUGCAAUUUGAGAGCACCUUCAGCUCCAAGAACGCACCAACCAUUCGGCAGAUUCACCUUCACGAAUUUACAAGCGGUGAUAUCGAAAAGUAUUGCCGCGACCAGUUCACAAAGACUUCAAACUCUAAGAUGAUCCCAAAUUACGAUAAUUUUAUUGACCACAUCGUCACCAAAGCGCAAGGUGUCUUCCUAUGGGCAGUCCUCGUCACGAAAGAGCUUUUGUUCGAGACUAGGAUUACACAUUCUGCGAAAGAUCUGUGGAGAAAGCUCGAUGAACUUCCCGACGAGCUUCAUGAACUAUAUCAGAAACUAUUCGACUCUAUGGGAGAAGCACAAAGACGAAGAUGCUGUCGAAUACUGCUCACCGUGCUUACGAAUCCAUUCAAGGACCCAAUCAAUGCACAAUCCCUCAACUGGAUUUAUGAUGAAGAGGAUCUUGAUCAAGCUCUACUUCGACAGCUUCAAUGUAGUGAAACCCACGGUCCCGAGCAGCAUGUCAACCGCGUAGUCGAUCAUUUGAACGAAUGGACUCGCGGUUUCGUUGAGGCCAUUGCUUGGGAUCAAUCUACUGAAACGAGCACGUCGUUGACAAAUUUGCCGCAUUUCCACACUCGUGUGAGGCUGUUCCAUAAAACCGUUAAGGAUUAUAUGGAUUCAAGUAAGCUCUCCAUGCUUCAGUCGGAAUUCCCCGGAUUCGAUGUGGUGAAAACACACGUCCAAUUACGACUGCUCGAGCUUGGGAUCGUGAACGCCCAGUACAAAGAAAACCAUGUUUUCUAG